CUUUUUUUUUUAAUUUAUAGAUUUUAAUCCAUUGAGAAAGGUAAGAAUUCUUGAGCUUUAAUUCAAUAUGGGUUCUCUGUUUGAUCAGGAAUUCCAAGGAGUUAUUAGUGAACUCUAACAUCAAUUUGCAGAACUAGAGAAUCAGAAAUGGCAGCUGCAAUUGCUUUGAAUGUGUUGGAUGGCUUGUGCCAAGUGAUUGUUAAAGAAGCAGAUUUGUUUCUUGGAGUGGAAGAUCAGGUCAAGACCCUUGGAGAGGAGCUUAAACUUAUGGGUUCCUUCUUGACCAGAGAUCCAGACCAAGAACAUGUUGGUGCAGUAGAGGAAUUGGUGAUCCAAAUAAGGGAUUUAACCUAUGAAGCUGAGGAUGUCAUUGACAAAUACUUGGUAGUUGCAAGGCAAAGUGCAUUUGGUUUUGAUAGGUUGAAUUCCAAAUUCAACAAAUUAUUCAAUAAACAUGAUCUUGGAAGGAGGAUUGAGGCCAUCAGAAAUCAAAUUGAGGAAAUUCAAGCUAAUGAAGACACUACAACACAAGCUUCUUCUCUUGACAAUGGGUUUUCGCCGCCGGCAAUGGAAUGGAAAGGCCAUCCUCAUGUUGCAGACAAUGCCGAUGUUGUAGGAUUUCAGGAUGACAUCGAAACGCUUGUUCGACGAUUGACUGAAGGAGGACCUCGGCUUGCCAUUGUUCCAAUUGUUGGAGUAGGUGGCUUAGGCAAGACUACUUUGGCCAAGAAAGUCCUCUUCAACAAGGUUGUAAAGAGUAAGUUCAGAUGUCAUUCUUGGGUUUCUGUCUCUCAAGAUUGCACACCAAUGAAUGUUUUGCAGCAGAUUGUAAAAUCUCUUACAGGGUCUAUUGAAGUGAAGGAAAUAGGAAAAAAGCUUUCUGAUUUCCUCAAGUACAAGAAGUACUUAAUUGUCUUAGAUGAUAUAUGGAGAACUGAUUUCUGGCAGGAAUUGGCUCCACACUUCCCUGAUGACAACAAUGGAAGUAGAAUAAUGUUCACCACCCGUUUUGAUGAUGUAGCUUUGCAAGCAAAUCCAGCAACUCCAAUCCCCAUAGACCCUCCAUACUAUCUGUCAUUUCGCAACAAUGAGGAUAGUUGGGAGCUAUUCCGAAAGAAGGCCUUUGGUGGCGAAAGCUGCACACCAGAAUGGGAGGAACUUGGGAGAAAUUUUGCUGAAAAGUGUGGUGGAUUGCCACUAGCAAUCAUCAUAUUAAGCGGUCUAUUAUCUGCGAAGCGAAGAAAAUUUUCGGAAUGGCAAGAAGUGCUUGAUCGCGUAAGUAGUACAAUUGAACUCCAAAAUCAAUGCUUAGGCCUAUUGGGUUUAAGCUACAAUGAUCUACCUUACUACUUGAAGCCAUGUUUCUUAUAUAUUGGUGUCUUCCCACACGUCUUUGAGAUCCAUUCGAAACAAUUGAUUCGGCUAUGGAUUGCAGAAGGGCUUAUAAAAGCAGAAGGUGAUCAAACAUUGGAGGCUACGGCGGAGAAGUACUUGAGUAUGCUGGUUGAUAGGAGCCUUGUCCAAGUGAUCAGAACAAGAGCUGAUGGCGGAGUGAAAACAAUAAAGUUUCAUGAUCUUCUUCGAGACUAUUGCAUCUCUGAAGGCGUAAGACAGAAAUUUUUCGACACAGUUGAGGAAUUAGAUUCAGCAUCACCAUCCCAAUCUUCAAAAAUUCGCCGGGUUGUUACCAAUUCAAGAAUUUUCAGGUACAUGUAUGAUGAAUCUGGUCCUCAAUUCCCACUUAAGAAGGUCAGAUCACUUAUGAGUUUCACCAUAGAUCCUGAGAGGCAUUCCAUAGAUCGGAACUAUUUUCUUCAUAUAAAGAAUUUGAAAUUACUUAAAGUAUUGAACCUUGAAGGUGCAAGUGUUGAUUAUCUCCCAGAUGACAUUGAUAAACUCAUUCAUUUAAGGUUCUUGAGAUUAGGUACAAGUGCCCUUAAAAGUCUACCACUCUGUAUUUUUAAACUCUCAAGCCUGGAAACAUUGGACAUAGCAUCAGGGUUCAUCCGCAACAUACCAGUUGGAUUUUGGAUGUUGAGACAAUUAAGACAUGCGAAUUUUGUUGGCGAUACGGAGUUGCUUUUGCCGCGGCAAGAUACAUCUUACUCCUCUUUGGUGAAUCUUCAAACUCUCUCUACUGUAUCUCCCAAAAUUCUUCAGUGUUUGGAUUUUGUUGAUAUGCCAAAUCUAACAAAACUAGGACUAUGUGGAGAUUUAUGGGCUCAUAGAAGAUAUAUAGUACGCUUGUUCAAUUUGGAACGUCUUGAGAAAUUGAAGCUGGUUAGGCUUACUGAUUACAGAUUUGGAUUGUAUUCUAUUCCAAAGGUACUACCACAAACCCUCACAAAACUCUCUCUUUGUGACACUGAACUAGUAAAAGAUCCAAUGCCAAUACUGGGAAAGCUUCAAAAUCUUCAGAUCCUCAAGUUGUUGAAGCAAUCAUGUACCACAAAGGAGAUUGUCUGUGGUCCCCAUGGGUUUCCAAAACUUCAGGUCUUGAAAUUAGUAAGUUUGCCCAUAGAGGAGUGGACAGUGGAUGAAACAGCACUGAAGAGCCUAGAACUUUUGGUUAUACAUUAUUGUCCUAGAUUGAGGGAGUUUCCAAAAGCAUUAUGGGGGGUGAAUAGUCUCCUAGUACUGGAUCUACUCAAGCCUGGGCAGCAAUUCAAAGAACAACUAGAGAGUUAUGAGGGGAGACAUCAGUACCAGAUCCUCAUCGAUUAGUACAAGAUCUUCAUCGGCAGUUGACCAUAAAGUAGUACUUUUCAUUUCAACUCAAUCAAGGAGCAAAGGAAGAAUUAUUUUCUGCCAAGUGAAUGAGUUCGGUUGGAAGGCAAUGUGUUGGGUUCAGCCAGCAGAGCCAAUUCAGAAUCCGGAUCGUUAUUAGCUUACUCAAAAUCUGCAAAAGCCACAAUUUUUGGGUGUUCUUGGUUUAAACCAAUGACCAGGCCAUGGAGGUUGAAUGAGGUUGGUUCAUGAAGUGCGUGAGCUACUAAGGUUAUUGGGAUUAACCAACCCAUGAAGAACCAAGUGGGCUUCUGUAGAUUGGAUCAGGAAUCACCACCUUUGUUUGGUUUUGUUUUAAUUCUUCUGUAUGUUUCGUUUGUAAAUUGGAGAACAUUUAAAGAGUGCUAAAAAAAAACUGAGUAUACCCAUAUUAAAGAUUUAUUUGUUUACCAAGAUAGUUUUUUGAAUGUAUAAGGCUAUGGAGGUUAAACAAGAUUGGUUCAUGAAAUGCAAGUCCUACUAAGGUUAUUGGGAUCAAGCAACCCAUAACCUGGAAGAGCCAAGUGGACUUUUGUAGGUUGUAUCAAGAAUCACCACCUUUGUGGGUUGUUUUUU